AUGGCUUUCCCAAAUGGCAAGGAUGACUUGAUGAAUUUUGAGGUUACCAUUCGUCCUGAUGAAGGAUAUUAUCUAGGUGGCACAUUUGUGUUCUCAGUCCAAAUUUCUCCCAUUUACCCUCACGAAGCACCAAAAGUCAAGUGCAAGACAAAGGUUUAUCAUCCUAAUAUAGACCUGGAAGGAAAUGUCUGCCUCAAUAUUUUACGAGAAGACUGGAAACCUGUCCUGAAUGUUAACACAGUAAUUUAUGGACUCUUCCAUCUUUUCACGGAACCCAACCACGAGGAUCCCCUCAAUCAAGAUGCUGCGGCUGUCUUAAGAGAUAACCCGAAAUUGUUUGAAUCCUAUGUGAGAAGGGCAAUGGCUGGUGGAUAUGUGGGACAAACCUUCUUCCCUCGCUGUAUCUAG